AUGCAGUUUAAUAUUUUAAGAAGAGCUAUUUCUAGUAAUUCAAUGGCCGGUUCUCUGCGUUAUUGCGUUAAACUGACCUCAAGUUUUUCCAUCUCUCGAGAUCCAUUUUUGAUUUCAAAACGAAAAUUCACUUAUGAAACUUCCAAAACUACCAAUUUAAACUGUUCGAAAAGCCCAAGAAAUAUUGCCUUAUCAUCAUUAUUCGCGAAAAAAACAUUGAUUAGAGAAUAUGUAAGCAAAAUUGUUAAGGUUCCUUCCUUAGCUGAAUCUCUUACAGAAGGAACACUUGCAAAAUGGAAUAAAAAGGUUGGAGAUUUUAUUCAACAAGAUGAAGAAGUAGCAACUAUCGAGACUGACAAGGUUGAUGCCCCUAUUAAUUCACCUUAUUCUGGCAAAAUAAUUGAAAUAUAUGCAAAUGAACAAGAUACUGUUGUGGUAUCUCAAGAUCUUUUCAAAAUUGAGUUGUUGGAAGAUGGUGCAACAACUAGUCCUGAGACAGAUGUUCCAAAACCGGAAUCCCAACAAGAGUCUAAACCAGAACCAAAAGAAGAGUCUAAACCAGAACCUAAAGAAGAGCUUAAACCAGAACCAAAACAAGAGUCCAAACAGGAGCCCAAACAAGAGUCCAAACAGGAGCCCAAACAAGAGUCCAAACAAGAGGCAAUAAAAGAGCAACUUCCAUCACCACCACCAACAAAAUCUGUACAACCAGAACCUCGAGUAACUGUAUCAGAAAUAUCAACAAGUAAAGCAAUAAAGUUAGAUAAAGUCAAUGAUUUCAUUAGUGGUCGUGAAGAACGUGAAGUUAAAAUGACCAGGAUGCGUGCAAGAAUUGCUGAACGUCUGAAAGAAGCACAAAAUACAGCGGCAUCCUUGACAACAUUCAAUGAAAUUGAUAUGAGUAAUAUUAUUGAACUUCGUAAUACAUAUAAAGAUGCGAUCCUUAAGAAACAUGGGAUUAAAUUGGGGUUCAUGUCUGCAUUUGUAAAAGCGUCAGUGGUUGGCCUUCAAGAAAUACCUUCAGUGAAUGCCUCUAUUUCUUCAACUGGAGACACAAUUAUUUAUCGGGAUUAUGUUGAUAUGAGUGUGGCGGUUGCCACUCCAAAAGGUCUCGUGACACCUGUAAUACGUAAUACACAUCUAUUGUCUUUUUUGGAAAUUGAAAAGACCAUUGCAGAUUUAGGAAAAAAGGCACGUGAUGGAAAGAUGUCAAUUGAAGAUAUGGCAGGAGGUACAUUUACUAUUUCUAAUGGGGGAGUUUAUGGAUCACUUCUUGGAACUCCAAUCAUUAAUAUUCCACAAAGUGCAAUAUUGGGAAUGCAUGCUACGAAAGAACGUCCCGUUGCAAUUAAUGGGAAGAUUGAAAUUCGUCCAAUGAUGUAUGUUGCCCUUACGUAUGAUCAUCGUUUAAUUGAUGGACGUGAAGCUGUUACAUUUUUGAAAACUAUUAAAGAACAAGUUGAAGAUCCACGUCCAAAGCGAAAACUUUAUACUUCACUUAAUAACCAAUUUGCUAGAUUACAACAAAAUAUGUUAAUUAUGGAACAGAAUAUUGAAAUUACUUCUGAACAAAUUAAAAGUAUACAAAAUUUCGGAAUUGCUCACAGUUCUUUGUAA